AUGUCAAAGUUAAAUUUUGAUAAUAAAGAUGAUGGCAGUUCAGAAACAACAGACAUAGACAAAGCAGUUUGUGAAUGGGAAGACAAGGAGUUGAUGAGCAGAGAUGGUCAAGCACAGCUCAAGGCUCCGUUUUUCUUCGCCUCGUUCGACCAACGGAGCGACAAGGCGGCCGGGGCGAGCGCCUGCACAACCCUAAUAAGGAUAUGUAUACAGACUACUAAAGAGGAAAGAAACGAUCAAACAAAUGCACACAACCACCCCUCUUUAUUAGUAUUUCCCUGCCUCUACCAAUACAUUCAGAAAUCAUCAAAUCUUGAGAGAGAAACAGAAGAGAAGAAGAGAAAUGGCGAAACCCAAAUCAUUCUUCAUGUUCUGCAUAGGCGAUUUUGCGUCAAAACUGGACCAGAGCUACAAACUGAAGAGCAGCCAGUAAGGCCGAUUAGGUUCGUGAAGAAAUUGAAGGAGUACCAUUUCUUAGAUCAAAGACUGGAGAUCCCAAAAGAGUUCUCUAGUGCGACGGCGGUUGGAAGUGAAGACAAGAUAAGACUACAAGAUUGGAAAGGAAAGAAGUGGACGAUCUCCAUAACCGACCGGAACAAUGGGAUUCGUGCUUUUAGCGCUGGAUGGAAGAGAUUCCUGAAUGCGAACAAGUUGAAGGUUGGAGCAAUCUUGUUGUUUGAUUUCGACAUGGAUUCUCGUGAUGUGAUUAAGGUUGAGGUGCUUGGAGAUCAAGAAGGACAGGGGAUGCUUGAUCGAGCUACUUAUGGAGGCGUCAUUCCCUCUGUCUAG